AAACUAUCUGUUGAGCAUGGGCUUUAGAGUUCUAAGCUACGUAAUUGUAUUUACCAUCAAACGAGGCUGAGUCUGGUGUCUGAUCUUCUGCAAAAAUGGGUUUGUUGCCUGAGGGUCACAGCUGAUGAUGUCUUGACAUUAAUAUGUUUGCUGCUGCUACCAAGAGCUUCGUUAAGCAAGUCGGAGAUGGAGGGAGAUUAGUCCCUGUUCCAAGCCUCAGUGAAGCCGACAAAUACCAACCCCUGAGUCUGGUGGUCAAAAAGAAGCGGUGUUUCCUGUUUCCUAGGUACAAAUUUACCUCAACACCUUUCACACUUAAAGACAUUCUCCUGGGAGACCGAGAAAUUUCAGCUGGUAUUUCGUCUUAUCAGUUACUGAAUUAUGAAGAUGAGUCAGAUGUUUCCCUCUAUGGAAGGCGAAGCAACCAUAUUGUGAAUGAUGUUGGGAUCAACGUUACUGGAUCUGAUUCCAUCGCAGUCAAAGCCUCGUUCGGCGUGGUAACCAAGCAUGAGGUGGAGGUAUCCACGUUGCUCAAGGAAAUUACCGCACGAAAAAUCAACUUUGACCACAGUUUGAUCCGCCAAUCAAGGAGCAGCAGGAAGGCCGUGCUGUGCGUAGUCAUGGAGAGCAUCAGAACCACGCGCCAGUGCUCCCUGUCCGUGCACGCUGGGAUCCGAGGGGAAGCCAUGCGGUUUCAUUUUAUGGAUGAACAGAAUCCCAAAGGAAGGGAAAAAGCUAUUGUUUUCCCAGCACACACAACGAUAGCGUUCAGUGUUUUUGAACUCUUCAUUUACCUGGAUGGUGCCUUUGACCUUUGUGUCACGUCAGUGUCAAAAGGAGGAUUCGAGAGGGAGGAAACCACCACCUUUGCCAUGUUCUACAGGCUGAGAAAUAUACUCUUUGAAAGAAACAGGAGAGUGAUGGAUGCCAUCUCCCGCUCCCAGCUUUACCUAGACGAUAUUUUCUCUGACUACUACGACAAGCCUCUCAGCAUGACUGACAUCUCCCUGAAGGAGGGCACUCAUAUUCGAGUGAACUUGCUGAACCACAACAUCCCCAAGGGGCCCUGCAUACUCUGUGGGAUGGGGAACCUGAAAAGGGAGACGGUGUACGGGUGCUUCCAGUGCUCCGUGGACGGAGUGAAGUACGUGAGGCUUCAUGCUGUCCCCUGUUUUGAUAUUUGGCACAAGAGAAUGAAAUAAACGGAAGAA